UUUUCUUCCAAUUCCUCCAUAAGAAAGAGUUUGGAAUCGUCUGCAUAAUCAGAGUCAAUUUAGCAUUUAAUUCACUUUUUCGUAUAAUACGUCAAGACAGGGAGGAGAAAAGUGGCGGCUUUCUAAACGUCAACGUGUUCGUUUAUGAGCCAAACUUUUGCCUGAUCAUAUAUUCUCCUCUGCUUGGGGCACGGGCAGCUACCCUGCUCUGCCACCCACAUCAUUCAGAAGAGCUAGAGAUGACUCUUCCGAGAGGCGCCGCAGAUGGCGAACCCAAUAAUUCCCGGCCGGAAUCCACUGACGAGCGCCAACUACUUCAGAUGGCCGAGGAUGGCGGUACCGUUAAUGCCUCCUCCUCUUCAUGGUCUUUCCUUCCACCGCACAAGAAGAGCAAAGUUGAAUCCAGCGAUGAAGAUUUGUUCACGGUUCCUGACGUGGAGGCUCCACCACCAAUGAAUUCUGCUGCCAUGGCUAAUCUUUUCGAGCAUGAGAAGAAUGCCGAGAUUCAGCGCCAGAUGGGGUUAUCUGGGAAGCGCCGGAGGGGACGAAAUCCUGCUGAUAAAGAGUAUAGACGCCUCAAGAGGUUGCUUAGGAACAGAGUGUCUGCUCAACAAGCCCGAGAAAGGAAGAAGGUGUAUGUGAAUGAACUGGAAUCAAGAACCAAAGAAUUGCAGGACAGGAACUCCAAAUUAGAAGAGAAGAUCUCAACUUUAAUCAAUGAAAAUACCAUGCUUAGGAAGGUUCUUCUGAACACCAGGCCUAAGAAUGAUGAAAGUACUGAGCCGAAGCAGGAUCAGUUUGGCUAGAGCUAACAAGCAUAAGGUCAUUUUGUUUAGGCCUUUCGGGUUAUAUAAUUUUUGUUUAGGAUUCUCGUAAAUCCUUUUAGAAAAGAGUAAUGCUAAAAACUACAUCAUCAUCUCAUUAGAUUGAUGUGACAGUGCUCAUCAGUAUUUUAAGUAGUUCUUGUAAAAAAAAAAAAGCUUAAAAGACUAAUGAGCACCGUCACUUGAACUCAAUAAAAUAAAGAGUGUGAUAUUUAGCAUUUCUCUUUAAAGAAAAUGUGAAUUGCAGAUUUUUCUGAGCUAUGUAUGUAUUACCAAAUGUCUUAAACCCUCGGUCGUAACGAACGUUUAUUUAUUUUUAUUUUUUUCUUAAUAUAUAGUAAUAGCAUACACCUUUUACUACUAUUUA